UACAGGAUUCUUCUAUGUUUUGGCGUCUAUAGGAACCACUAGGACAGGAGGGAGCAGAAUAGCAAUGGAAGCUGCGGGUAAAGGCGGAGGAGGCCAACUGAGGAGACUUCACAUCAUAUACUUCCUCAACCGUAUGGGUCGCACCGAGCACCCCCAUCUCAUUCGUGUUCACCAUGUCAAUGAAAAGGGCGUUUAUCUAAGAGAUGUGAAGAGGUGGCUAUCAGAUUUGAGAGGAAAAGGCAUGCCGGAAUCUUUUUCUUGGUCCUACAAGAGGAGGUACAAGACCGGUUAUGUUUGGCAAGACUUGAUGGAUGAUGAACUAAUCACCCCAAUCUCGGACAACGAAUAUGUCCUUAAAGGCUCCGAGAUCAUGCCCUCUACCCCAUUUGAGGCUACUUCACAGGGUGAAAAGAGGGCCGUUGAGAUUGAAGAAAAGGACCCCCGGGACAAGCCGUUACCUAAGGAAGCAAUACAAGAGAACUCUAGUUAUUUUUUGCCCGAAAUCUACCAAGAAUCACCUCAAUUUGCCUUAGACUUAGAGACGAAGCUUGACGAUAAGUCUCACCAGACGCAGCAGGGCGGCAAAGAUGAAGAUCCAUCCUCCUUUUACUCCGCCAUGCAGAAUCAGAAGAACAAGAGAGGGGCAAAGACAAAAGACAAAUGCAACAACAAUAACGUGGACAAAGUAAUGGAUAUUCCAAGUUGUUCGUCAUUUUCAUCGCCGCCAUUUUCACCGACACUAUCCUAUGCAACGGGCAAGGGCUAUUCGAGGGGAGCACGUCAGAAGCUUCGGAAUUUGCUGAGCUGUGGUGCCGUUGACACCGACGAUGCUGCGCUAAUCAUGCUUAAUCGAGUGGGAAAAAUCAAGCCUACCCAUUUCGACUAUUCCUGUGGUAAAAGCGUUAAGAUAAUUAAAGGAGACACAUUGGGUGGGUCUGCCAGGGUUUUUGGAACUCCAUGGAAUGAGCAACAACAGUGCAUGGCUUCGAAAAGCUUUGACGAGGCCAAGAAUUGCAAGAAGAAGCAGGGGGCUGAAUUUGGUUGCUCGAAAGUGGUCUCGGCUGCAUACAAGCCAGUGGGAGGGCCAACUUGCUCGUAAGUGCCCUUAUAUCCGAUCUAUAUAUUUAGAUAUAUUGCUGACUGCAAAAAUGGAGGAGAUUGCUACGAGAGCAGACCAAACUCAACCGCUUAAGAAACUAAAAUGCAGAAAGGAAAAGCAACCACUGCAGGGUGCCGACAACAAACUGAUUUAAAAGUUUAACAAAAUGCCAAGUGAAAAUGAGAUUUGUAAAGGUCUUCUAUGUUUCCCAUUAGUUUAUUCCCCCACUUUAUACUCCUAUUUUGAUUGAUAAACUACUUGAAUUAGUUUUGCACUCUUACUUUGCUUAUAGAGUGAACUCACAAACAAAGUGCAAUCAGCAAUCAUGACAAGAUGAUAAGACAGUUUGCUGCCUGUGUGACAGGUUCCAGU